UUAUGGCAAAUUUGGAUCCGAUUAUGUAGCUACGGAAGGAAGCAGAUGACCACACAAACGAGCCGAUUUCAUUCUCAUUUAUUAACAUGGCUUACAGCGCCCGGAAAGACUCCCCGGAGCUCCCUGACUUCUCCCUGCUGAAGAGGCUUGUGAGAGAUCAGCUCAUCUACCUGCUGGAGCAGCUACCCGGGAAGAAAGACCUCUUCAUCGAGGCAGACCUGAUGAGCCCACUCGAUCGUAUUGCUAAUGUGUCAACUCUAAAGCAACAUGAUGUUGACAAACUUUACAAAGUGGAACACAAAGCCAUCGUCAGCACUUCAGAUCAGCUUUGCUUUCUGAUACGGCCAAGAAUACAGACAGUGAAGUGGAUAUGUGAUGUUGUGAAUGCAGACAAGGCUGUAGGGAAACUUAGAAGAUACAAGAUCAUUUUUACCCCUCAGAAGUUCUACGCAUGUGAGGCUGUGUUGGAGGAGCAGGGGAUCUUUGGAGAUGUGACCACAGACGAAUGGGCUUUCUACCUCCUUCCACUUGACGAGGAUAUCGUCAGUAUGGAGCUGCCAGAAUUCUUUCGAGACAACUUUCUGGCAGGAGACCAGCGCUGGGUGAGCACAGCUGGGAGCGCUCUGCACCUCCUUCACACCCUUUACGGCCCAUUUACAAAAGUCUAUGGCAUCGGACGCUGUUCUAAGAUGGCGUACGAGUCCUGGAGGGAACUGUUGGAAGACAGUGAACAAAAACCUCGACAAGCUGAGAUAGGAAAUGUUUUUCUUAUCGACAGAGAUGUUGACUUUGUCACUCCUCUGUGCUCGCAAGUUGUCUACGAAGGACUCGUGGAUGAUAUAUUUCGAAUCAAAUGUGGAUGUGUGGAGUUCAGCCCCGACGUCACCUCGUCAGACAAAAGUGUGAAAGUCAUGCUGAACUCACAGGACAAGGUCUUCAAUGAAAUCAGGAACGAGCAUUUCUCCAACGUCUUCGGCUUUCUCAGUCAGAAAGCCAGGAAUCUUCAGACUGCGUAUGAUAAGCGCCGGGGGAUGGACAUAAAGCAGAUGAAGGCGUUUGUGUCGGACGAGCUGAAAGGGUUAAAGCAGGAACACCGGCUCCUCAGCCUCCACAUCGGUGCCAGUGAAUCUAUAAUGAAGAAGAAAACGAAGCAAGACUUUCAGGAGCUGUUGAAGACAGAACACUCUUUACUUGAAGGAUUUGACAUCCGUGAAUGUAUUUCUUACAUAGAGGAGCACAUCAACAGACAGGUCUCCAUGAUAGAAGGCCUGAGACUGCUUUGUCUUCUGUCCAUCACAGAAAACGGACUACUGCCAAAAGACUACCGGUCAUUAAAAGCUCAGUAUCUUCAGAGCUAUGGGGUGGAACACCUGCUCACGUUUCACAACCUGAAACAGCUGGGGCUGCUGGUGGAGCAGCAGCCGGGCGAGACGCUCACAGCUAUGGAGAGCAAAGUCGGCAAACUGGUCAACGACAAAACAGCAGGGAAGCUGACUGAUGCCUUUUCUUCACUGGCAAAGAAAAGCAACUUCAGAGCCUUGAGCCGAAAGCUAAACCUGGUGCCCAAGUCAGAUGAAGAGUAUGACCUGCGUGUCCCACGAGACAUGGCCUACAUCUUCAGUGGCGCCUACAUCCCGCUGAGCUGCAAGCUGAUUGAGCAGGUGUUGGAGCGAAAUGGCUGGACCGGGCUUGAAGAAGUCGCUCGGCUGCUAAAUGGACACGAAUUUGCUGUUACAGGCAACAGUGGUGCUGAUUCGAAGACAAAGAACGACGCUCAGCGCAUCAUUUUGGUUAUGUUCCUUGGAGGAUGCACCUUCUCUGAGAUUUCAGCGCUUCGUUUCCUCGGCAAAGAGAAAGGUUGUAAGUUCAUUGUGGUAACAACUGCCAUUACAAACAGCUCCAGACUUAUGGAAUCUUUGCUGGGUAACACUUUAUGAACCCCGUCAGCACACCGUCUGAAGGAAACCUGAUACAUUCCUGCUGCAUUCACUCCAACGAUGGAGAAAUAUUUGCUUCUGGCCUGUUUAUGAGAGCAAAAGAACUGUAAACAUGUAUAAAGUGAAUAAAUGUC